ACUGUCCGACGUAGGGAGGAGAGGGGUGCGAGGUAUUUAUCAGAAGUCAAGGUAUUCCACCGUCACCAACCUCCUCGCGAAUCGCGAUUUCAGGGUUCGGCCGUGAAUCACCAUUACGCUACAUUUGUGUCUUCUCCGUAAUGGAUAGUGAUCUCAUUGUUGGUUCUAGUGCUCAUCUUUGAACCUUUAAUAUCUUGAUUCAACCCGAUCAUGAAUGUACGGUAACAAGUAGCUAGCUUUAUGAGUUCGACGCGUAAAUCAUUACCCCGUCAAGAAUGUCUACGGCGUUCCUCCUUUUCGCUUUCGCUUUGAUUCUUUGCGUGCUUUUUCGUAUUCUAAACGUGAACAGUCAGCCGCAAAAACCAGUGUUUUAUUAUUGUGAUUCCUCUUUCCUCAACAAGAUCUUGAAGUCUGCACCUAUCUUGGAAGAACCAUACAUCCCAACACGACUAUGGGGCUUCAGUGGACAUGUUCAAACCAUUCUCUACAGCUUUCUCGGCCGCACUUGCUGCCCAUGGCCAGUUGGAGAAAGAUUAUUCAUCCCACUUCUUGAUAAAACAACUCUAACCUAUGACUUAUUUCAUCCAACUGCUGGCUCUAUAAAUGAUGAGGAUGUAACCCUGAUAGUCGUUCCUGGAAUCUGCAAUACGUCAGAAAGUGAUUAUAUCCGAACAUUCGUCAAUUACGCCCAGAAUAAUGGAUAUCGUUGUGCAGUUCUCAAUCAUGUUGGAGUUCUACCCAAUGUCCCUGUCACUGGACGCAGAAUUUUCACUUAUGGCUACACAGCAGAUCUGGAUGCAAUGCUAGUGCAUCUCGCAGGGCGUUAUCCAAAGACCAAAAUGAUCGCAUUCGGAUACAGCAUGGGCGGAAAUCUCAUCACAAAGUAUUUGGCCGAAUCCCAUUACAAAAAACCAGAGAACUUACUAGGUGCUGUCUCUGUCUGUCAACCGUACGAUGCAAAUGCAGCAACAGACUGGCUACUGCAUUGGCAGAACUUCCGACGGUUUUAUCUGUAUGCUAUGACUGAAGCGAUCAAAGGUGUAGUCAUGAAGCACCGCAGGAUCCUUCUAGCAGAUGAUGUGAAGCAAAAGUGCUCCUUAAAUGAACGUGAGAUAAUCUCUGCUGCUACUUUGCCAGAGUUGGAUGAUGCAUACACAAGGAAAGUGUACAACUUCUCAACGCUGGAAGAGCUCUACCGAUGGAGCAGUUGUGUGUACUACCUAGAUAACAUAAAAACGCCUAUAAUCUUCAUCAAUGCCAAAGAUGACCCGCUUGUACCAGAACCUCUUCUCGAACCAGUCCGAAAAUUUGCACAGAAACGUCAAGAAGUUGUUUACAUGGAAUUGGAGCAUGGAGGUCACCUGGGAUUCUUCGAAGGCGGACUGUUCUACCCAAAUCCGAUCGCUUGGCUCGAUCGAGUUUCUCUAGCGUUGGUCGGUGCCUUCCUCCUCACGCACAAAGACGAAACCAAAGUGGUGCGAAGCUAGUUACUCUGUUCUAGCAAGGUGCUCACCUCUUCUCAUCCUAAUUACUACUGAUUUAGCUAUUUGUAAGCUCUGUAUUUAUGUUUUCAAGUUUGUCUUACUGCGACAUUCUCACUUUUCCUGUGUUGUUGUAAACAGUGAAAAUUCUCAUUUCAAAUUACUCUCAUUGGCCGUUUUGAAAGUGAAUCAGGCAUUUUGUUGAGAGUCAAGACAACAGAAGUCAAACUUGCUUCAAAGAAGGUUAGCCGCUCAAUUUCUGUUAAUGUUUUUCGAAAAUUUAGUAUAGAUAUUAUUUUUGCAAGCAACUAUAUAAUCACAAAAGGCAUGUUUCGUGGAAAAUAUAGCUCACAAACAAUGAAGCAUGAAAUGAGGUUUAACAUAAAUCAUCACAAUUCCUCUGUUACUCUUUGAAUGUCACCUAAGAAAAAUGGGGGUAGUGGCACUUUUUUAAAUUAACUCUGCUACGAGAUAUUAAUGCACUCGGAGUAGUUUAAUGCUGAACCUUGUGUUUUACCCCAAUGAUAAAGGAAGUGUUUAUGUUAUCUCCCUUAUUCUUUCUAUUAAAACAAAUUUUGGUGCCUCUCGAGACAUGCUUUUUCAAAAAGAAGAUCAAAAAAAUUCAAACAAGUAACCAUUGAAGUAAGUGAAUGUCUUGAAUUAUUUUCAAAACUGCCAGUAAGGCCUUGUCCAUGUGAGCGCAGUUUGCCAAACUUCAGGCUAAUUAAUGCAUAAAACCAGGGUUCUACGGAAUAAAUUAUGCUAAGGUAAAAUAUGUCCAGGGAACGAGUUUGCCUGAAGUUCUGCGAAUUGUACUUAUGUGGACAAAGCGGAAGUCUUUGAUUGUGACUUUUGUUGUGAUAACAGGGUGUCUGCUUCUUUGGAAAUCAUCGGAAUUAAAUUUUCCUGUUUUUUCCUCCUCUUUUUUAAUUUUUUGGUACAUUUUAGAGACAAACAUUUUACAGUUCUCAGUUUUUGGCAAAUCUUAGAGAAUUGUAAUUUUAGUUGAAACCAAGAAACCAAACCCUAGGGUGUUUCAUGUUCUUAGUGGUUUUUAGGAUUAUGGUAAUCUCUAUGCUUUCCUCUAGUAAUUGCAACCCUUGGCUAUUGACUUGGCUUGACUUUUGAAAAGCCUCUAAACACAUUUCUAGAAAAAUCAAAGCUGGUAAAAUUUAAAAUAUCAUUGGGAACUCAAUUUCAGUAAUAGUUUUAAACAAAGCCAAAGUUUUGAAAAUAUAAGCAAUAAAGCAAUCGCCAAAUCUCCAGUGAAAGAACACUUUUCAAUGAUAUUUUAAACGUUACCUACUAUUUUUGUUGUUCAAGUCUUGCCAAUUUAUCAAUGUAGAAGGCACAUAUUUGUCCUCAUUUUUAUUUUAAGCUGCAAGCAUCUCUUAUUUAAAUUUUCUCCUGAAGCUAACUUGAUUCAAGCAGGCGUUGGCUUAAUUUUCUCAAACUUCGUGCAUGGAACACCCUACGGCCUCUAAAAUAAUGUAUUCAAUCGGUUUACACUUUUAGUUCGAUUUGCUCUGAUUUGAAAAUAUCUUUUAUUGGAUCACUACUCAUUUCCUUCAUUAAUAUGAACUUAUUUUUUGCUAGUUGUCCUCUAUGCUCACAUUUUUGGUCAUGUUUUCGACAAAUGUGCUCACUACUCAUGGUUGUUCACCCUUCAGUACCUUUAGAAUGAGAGUGCUAUUGAUACUGUCACCAUACUCAAAACAAAGGAUCACCAAACUCCAAUUGUUUCAUCAAUAGAUGCAGAACCUAUAAGCACGUCUGAACUCAAAAUUAUUUUACAAUACAUCUGGUCUGUACUUGUGGAACAAGCUUAUUUUUGGCUUUGCUCCAAUACAAUAGAGUAUUUUAUAUCUGUCACGUGUUGAUGGCUGAAUUAGAACAUAUGAAUCUCUUUUCCGAAUGUUGUUAACUUCUGCAAUUGAAAAAAAAAUCCUUGUAAUUUCUCAAAAAUGUUCACUAAUAUUCCUCUCUGUGUAAAAAAUAUUCUUUGAUAAUUUCAAAGAGUGAAAGUGUUUAAUUUUCCUUUGAAAACUUAAAAGAGCAGAAAUUUUACAAUUCUGCAAUAAUUGAGGGAUGUCAUUCACAAUCUCAGUCAUGGAUACUGCUGUAGAUGAAAACCAUGGAGUUGAAAGUAAUAAAGGCAAUGCAGCUCAAGUUACUCUUAAACCAUUGACGUUUUACAGUUUUUACAACAUAAGCUUUGUUUUUAACGCAGGGAUAAUUAGAUUAUAAAUAGAAUUUUCAGUAAUAAAAGCGAAAACAAAUGAGUGUUCUUGAGGACAUUAGUCAGAGUGCUUUGCUGAGUCACCAGAUAUCAUUCUCAUUCUGAAGGUAAUGAGUGUCACCUUAUCUGAAAUUGUAUUCUUGGUUCUGCAUUUUACAAUGUAAAGGGUCCUUAUGACUUGGAUAAGUAAAAAUAUACACGCUGCAGUAGUUUUUUUCUAAAAGGUGGCACUUUCGUUUUAAAUCUAUUAAAAGAGAACUGUAUCAAAGUUUUCUUGUAAAAAUUGUCAAUUUUGUUCUAUUUUAGUGUGUUCAAAGCUCAAAAGAUGUUCAAAUUAUUUUCAAGCAUUUUUUUUUUGUAAAUAUGUAAACUGUCAAAUCUAUAUAAGGUCAGGAUAAUUUAUCCAUAGAAUCUAUCUUUAUCUUCAUUUUAGUUUGCCUGCAGACACCCUGAAUUGGUGCCUCAACUCAGCAGAGUUGAACUCGCUGCAUCUUCUCAUUACUCCAAGAUAGCAGCUUUUUAAUUCUGCAUGAAAGUGCAGGAGCUUUAAUUUUAAGGAGUUAUCAAACUAUCAUCCGCAUUUACCCUAAACUCAAUCCCUUCUAAAAUCCUCUUAAUUUAUUCUCCUAAUCUUCGGUGCUUUACCUCUUGAUUUUGCAUUUAUGCCCGAGUGACCCGGCUGAAUUAUGUAAGUUUCUAAUUUUAAGGAAAAUUUACCUUUGCCCUUAACAUUCUCAGUGUAGUUUGGAGGGAAUUUCUGAGAGAAUUCAGUCAAAGAGCAACGUAAAGGAACUAUUGAACUGUCUAAAAUUGGGUUAUUGAGGGCGUGUUAUCUAAAAACAAAAUUAAAAAUUCCUGCCAAUGAUAAUGAGCUAUGAAUUACAAAUUGGCAAUUAUAAUUUCUGCCACCAGAAAUAUGCUAAUUUUAAAAGUAUUAUGUCAAGUAGGGGUACAGAAUGUGUUGGUUUUUAUUGAAUGCAGAUUUGUCGCUGAUUUUUUUAGUAGCUUUACGCUUGCAAACUGGAAUCCAGUUUUUUCUAUUGUUUUUCGAUGGCUGAGGAACAAUCCCGUCUAACUAAUAAUUAUUUUUGCGAUAAAAGUGGUUUUGCUGCAUUUUGCAGUAUUAUAUCCUCGCAAACUCAUGUUUGUAGUUUUUUCCAAUUUCCCAUGGGAGCGUUAUCUAUGUGUUAAAAAAAAAAUUGCAAACUUAACCUCAAAGUUACAAAAAUGACGAAAUUUUUUCUUUGUCCUGUAAAAUUUUAAGUUUGCAGUUGGGCAGUAUUGUUUCUUAGUCACCGUUUUUCUUGGCUAAUGAUGGCUUUUUAACUUAGUUUGAUUCUCCAUCUUGACCAAGUGGAAGGAGAUUUAGCACCCCAACUAAGACUGUAAAAGUAUCAAUUAGGCUAAUUGGCCUUUGCCCAUUACAGAAAUUUUCUAUCGCUAGGUUAGGACUAACUGGCUGUGAUCAAGAUGAUGUGUAUGAUGAUGUUUACUCGAUCUUUACGCUUACCAAUUGUAGCCUCGUAACUUCAGAAUUUAAAUCUAAAAUUUAGGACCCUCCUUGACUUCCCAGGGCAUUUAAAGUAAUUACAUUUAAUUGCUAACUGACCGUUGCAAUCUUUUUUAAAAAAGUUUAAGUAAGAUCAUUCCAGUUGCAGUUCCGGACAUCUUGACUUGUUUUAGUUUUAAGGCGGAUCUUCAGUUUUUGCCCAAUGAAUUCUGGGUACAAUGGAUAUAUUACAAAUUGAAACCCCAAAAUUUCAGUCUUCAGAUUAAUCACGAAGGAAUGUUCGUGCCAAAAGUCAUCUUCCGUAGUCUUGAAACAAAGUCAAAGUACAGUUUCCAAUUUACAGCCGAUACAUUGAGAUUGGUUGCAAAACAGAAACAGAACUUGUGACUGCAUUUUAAGAUUUUGGAAUAUCAUUUUCGGCACGAACAUUAAUGAUUGAUAUAUAGACUGAAAGUUUGAUUUUCCCAAACUGAUCCACUAGUAUUGUAAAAAAUUAAAAAAUAUCAAUUGUACCCAGAAUGCAUUGCCCAUGAACUGAUGAUCCACCUUAAAUACUUCUGAGUGCGUUAGAUAGUUAAUUGUUUAAUUCUCGUUCACUUUCUAAAUUUAUUUUUAUAAUCAGAGGGAAAGGCCGCACAAUUGCCGACUUCCAAACAUUCUAAGAUGCAGAAAUUUAAAUUUAUGUAACCGGAGUUCUACUGUCACUCCUUCUUUGAGUUAAUCCUUGUGUUUGAUUGUUUGAAAAUUCAGGCAAUUCGUUAUUUAUAUCUAAAUUUAAUAUUUCAGGAAUAUUUGAAAGUAUAGGAAGUGAGAUGGUUCGGUAUUAUGUUGAAAAUAGAGGAUCAGGAGUGAAGGAAAUUUGUUGUCAUGAAUGCAUUACAUUUAUUGUAGUUAUGAAGUUGUAACAGUUUCUUAUGCCAAACUAAUUCUGCCAUGGUUGUGACCUCUGAAAGUUCAGAAUUGUAUGGACCAAAGUUAAAUCAGUCUUUUGCGUGGACGAGUUUUGAAACCCUUUUGUUCAUCGAUGGGAGAAGUUGAAAUGCAAUCCAUCUCUCACCCGGAUUAUUUCAGACUGACUGUGAGCCAAUUUUCGGCCACACUAGGUAUGGUCGAUCAGUGGAGUGGAUCUGAAAGAGAUGCCUAGUGACUGACCUGUGUGAUUCAGUCUUGCUAUGGUUGACAAUCAUGCAUUUAAACUUUCGCAAUAAUAUCCAUAAAAUACUAUUUAUCAAAUUCUGCUUUUAUGUAUACGCUUUUAAAAAAGUGCACGUAGUUUUAGAACUGUGUGAAAGUCACUUGAUCAACUUUUCUGGAGUUUUCAUUAUCGCUGAGUCCGUCUUUUAUACGUAAAGAAAUUUUUCCUUAUCUUAGCCUAAUUUGUCUAAUUUUUUGAUGGAUUAUUUUUUUAAAAUCAUAGAAGUUACAAACAAGUGAAUCAAAUAUAUAUGAUGAAUUUAAGGGAAAUAGCGCUUGUAUCCAUUCUGCAUCGUGCAAAUGUUAUCUUACAUUUUUCUACCAGAUAAUUGUUCGCCAUGAUGAGUGAAAGUCAGGGAUUUUGAAAGUGAAAAAUUUGUGGGAAUUCCAAAAGAAAAGUGUAUGUUGUAAAUCUAAGUCCUUUCAGCUCCUUCUCAAUCUAUGAUCUAGAUCUGUGCUGUCAUAGGUAGUUUAUUUCUGGUCAUUAGAAUCACUAUUGAAGUAUGAACCAGAAUAUUUCUAAAAUCCAGAAAUUCAGAAAACAGCUCCCCUCCUCCCAGUGCCUAUUUCUGUCACAUGAUUUCUUACCAACCUAUGUAUUGUAAUUAAUUCCAUUUAACACCAGCAUUUAUUUGUUAUACAACUGUAAAUAUUUAAGUUAGAAUCCUUGCUCAUACGCUUUCUAAAUUAUGUUUUAACAGUGGCAUCAUUGUAGAUUUUCUCGGAGGAGCUGAAAUUCGCCUCAAGGAGGCAUAACUUUUCGUCUACCAUGUGCUACUGAGAGUUUCCAAAGAGCUGAAAGUUUGGAGAUGGUCGUAAUUUUUAUUUCUCCCCUUUCUCAAGUUAUGCAUCAGUUUUAGGAAGAUCUUUGGAAUCAGUGUUAGAAUCUGAUGAUCUACUUCUUUGAAAUGUUCUACCCUUAAUUUGUUUGCCUUUAUUCUAUUUGCUCAUGCUAUUUUUAUCUGAGGAAUGUCUCCCUCUCCUCAAGUGAUGCCAUUGUUUCAUUGUUGUUUCUCAAGAGAUGAAAUUUCUCUAUCUUUUCAUUUGAUUUGCCUUUAUUUUAUUUGCUUAUAUUUUUACUGGAGUAACCUUGUAAAUGAGCCCUUUGUUACAAAUGGGUAUUUUAACUGUAAAUAAAGUCCUAAUGUUGGCCUAUACCCAAUUA